AAAAAAUGUCAAGAAUAACGAAGCAACUUUUGCUUAUUUUUCUAAGUGUUUCUGAAUUUUUUAAUUUUGUAAGCAGUAAUUCUGAAAAUUCUUCAUUAAAAAUUAAAGAAUUAGUGAAUAAUUACGGAUAUCCAUUUGAAAUUUAUCAUGUGGAAACAAAAGAUGGUUACAUUCUAGAAUUACAUCGAAUACCAUACAGUUUUCGAAGAAAUCAAUCAGAAGAAAAGAAAUCUGUCGUUUUUCUCAAACAUGGAUUAGCAGAUAGUUCAGCCGCAUUUUUAUUUGCGGGACCAAAUGUGUCGUUAGCAUAUAUUUUAGCAGACAAAGGUUAUGAUGUAUGGCUAGGAAAUCAUCGUGGUAAUUCUUUCAGCAGAAAACAUAAGAUUUAUAAGGAAACAAAUCACAAGUUUUGGAAUUUUAGUUUACAUGAGAUUGGAUUAUAUGACAAUACAGCAAUGAUUGAUUAUAUUUUAUCAAAAACAAAUCAAAUGAAAUUGUUUCAUGUUUGUCAUUCAGAGGGAUGUGCAGAAUUUUAUGCUAUGACUUCCCUUAAACCAGAGUACAAUGAUAAAAUUAGUUUAUCUAUUAAUUUGGCACCUGGACUUUUAUUUGGUCAUUCAACAUUAAGAACAAAAAGUUUUUUCACAUUAUUUUAUAUCUUCAAGGACUUUUUUGAUUAUUUUGGACAUAUAAAGGUACUUGAUGGAAAUUUAUUGCUUAGAACCAUAACACACAUAUUCUGUAGGCCCGAAUCAUAUUUACAGUUUCUUUGUGAUUUUAUAAUUAACCUAAUAUACGGAUUUGACAAAUUUAAUUUUGAUCCGAUUCUUCUACAUAAAUAUUUGAAUUACUAUCCUGCUGGAGCAUCAAGUAAACAAGUUAUGCAUUAUGCAUCAUCAGUGUUAAUUUUUGGUGCUUUUAGGGAAUAUGAUUAUGGAAAGAAAAAAAAUAUAAAAGUAUACAAUGCCACACUUCCUCCAAAAUAUCCUCUGGAUAAAGUAACAGUACCAGUAAUAAUUUAUUACGGUGACUCUGAUAAUUUGGUGACAGUAAAGGAUGUUGAACAACUUUUAAAAUUAGUUCCCAAUUUAAUAAAAAAGAAAUUAAUUAAAGACUACAAUCACAUUGAUUACUUUGUAAAUAAAAACGCUGGUAAAUUGAUUUAUGAAAAUGUUUUACAAAUUUUUCAAAAUUAUACAAAAUAAGUAAUUGAAAAAAGGAAAUUAUCAUUUUUUAUUUGUAUAAUUUUUAACUAAUUGAAACGUACAAUUUUUUUAAAAUUACAGUUAUAUUAAUUUUUAAAUACUUUAUCGUAAUUUAUCGUCUUGAGUGAAAAAUAAAAAACAUUUAUGCAAUGCAUUAAACGAGUUCUGUAUAACAAGAACUUAAUAUGUAAUUGAACUAAAUAAAAUUGUAAUUUAAGUAAAGUAAUUUUUCUAACUUUUACUAUGCAUACCCAAAUUAUUUUCAUGAACUGUAAAAAUAGUAUCUAAUGAUCACAUUAAUAAUAAUAGUAAUAAUGAUCCGAGGCGAAGAAGAAAAAGUAAGAGGAGGCACCUCUUGUCAAAAAGAUUGUGAAGGUGACGGUAGCGCUAAAUCCUAAGCAAACCGAUAAAAAGAAAGCGACGAGUGGAUCUAUAAUGGUGAUCAGCAACAGGAAUCACGUAUGCCGACGUACUGAGCAAACUUUGGAAGGAAAUGAAUCCGGACAUCAGCCACACGCAGGUCGUGGAUGCAAGGCUACAAUAAAGGGAGAUCUCCUGAUCAAAAUCGGAGGAUAUUCUAAUAAGGAGGCAUUCACUGCUGAGGUCACCAAAGCAGUUGGAAGCAUAGGGAAGAUCUAGACUGUGGAGGAAGUGCUCCAGAAACCAGGAAGCAGGAAGGUGACGGUCCUAGGAUCCAAACGACAAGGAAUGAAUCUCACAGUUGUAGUUACCAAUCCAGAGGAGGCGGAGAGGCUGGAGUAAUUGGGACGCAUAAGGAUUGGCUUUAGGUGUUGCCCAACAAAAAGAAGAUUCAUGGUCGUUCGGUGCCUGGCGUCCGGCCAUAUAGUAAGAGUUUGUGAGGCAGCGGAUAGAUUGACUGCGUGCUUUAAGUGCAGUGAAAUUGAUCAUAAGUUUGCAAACUGCAGUAGAAGCCCAAGCUGCUUCUUAUGUAGAGAAAAGUAUCAGAACAAAAACGGUUAUCUCCACAUAACCUCGGAGAACCGUGCUUCAAGUAUUGGAUACCAAGGGUUAUACAGUUUUCACACUUCCCUCGUAAAAAAUUAAUAAUAACAACAAUAAUAGUAAUAACCUUUUGGCCCUUUCUAAAGCCAAAUUAAUUUCCGGAUAAGCUAUUUUCUCCUACCAAUUUUCCCUGAUGUCUCUCCAGAAUCAUUCCCUCUAGAAAGUUACCCAUCGUAUUCAAUAAACUGUGACGGGAAAAUAUUUCUUGACAUGAUUUUGAGAAAUAAUAAAUCAAAUAUCUUAGGAUAAGGGUUAGGGAAAAAGGUCAAUAACUCGUCCCUGUGACCUUACAUCGAUCUAAGCGCCAAUAGUUCAAUAUAUUGGCGCAUUGCCGAAAAUCGUCGGGUCCGUUCCUCACUCUUUGUCCGUACGUCUUAUUGUAUGUUGGGAGUAUAUCUCAUUGUGUGUAUUAUAUCAAAUUAUAUUGAAAUUAUUGGAUCAAUUAAAUAUUAAAAUUGUAUGGAACUUGAGGAUCGACGUUAUCCAAAAUUAUUAUCGUAUUGUUUGAACGAAAUUUAGGAAAAGAGUCGAUAUUUGAUCAUUAUUCAUCAGACACAGCCCCAGCAACUCUGAACCCGGUCGCGCUGGGUGAGGAAUAAUUUUAACUUUGAUCAUUUAUUCUUAUUUUAUUAUAUUUCCUCUUAAUAACAAAUUAUUCCGUC